AUGUCUCAGUAUCUCUCACCCUCCAAAAUCGGCCUUCUGGUCCUCAUCAAAAUCUACCUAGAAGGGGCGGUUCCCAGCAAUGCCGUCGUCCCGGUGAUCAAUUUUCUUGCGACCCAUAUCCUUGAUUGCAAUUUGACUUCGCCCUCUCCCACCCCAGGCGAACAAUGGAAGAAGGCCGAGAACACCAUUAAGCUCACACUAUCGGUCCAACACUUUGAGGACCUCUUAACACCUUUCGCUGCGGUCGAUCGCCUUCCCGGACGGAGCCUGUGGGACAGAUUCUUGGAGAGGCUGUGGGGGCUCGACUCUCUUCAUAGCUUGAACGAAUUCUUCACCCAGCUCCCCAGCAUCCUGGCGAGGACGAAAGAUGAGCUGCGCGACCUCGCCGCUCGUGGCAAAGAGCCUCCUUCGGGCGUCCUUCUUGGGCGCACCUCACCAUUUGGAGUUUUCGCCCGGAAGGUGCACGUUGAAUCUGCAAAACUCCAGUUUCAUCACCUAGCAGAGCUGUGGAAGCUGUUUGUGAGAUAUCGCCAGCCGACAGCCGGGUACUGGAGACGACGGAAUCCUCAACAUACACGCCUCAGUUUCGAUGCCGUGUUGCAGGACGGCGAGCACGAGUGGGGGACCCAAACGGACGAGAUUGCCGUGGCGGCUUACGGAAACAUGCUACUCCACGGCCAGCAUGAUGCUCUGAACUCGGUCAGUACCGACGACAUCGAAAACCUACUGGAAUUCCAAAUAGAGCAGGCACAAACUCGGGUGCCGCCAACAAUCAGAGACCAGUUUAAGAAACUCUUGAAAAGCAGUAUUGUCAUUCCGAGUUUGUCUCAUUACAUCAAGUUUGUCUUCCAUACCCUGUCUUCGCCCGAUUCAAAGCUAACUCAAGGCAGCUUCGCGGAAGCCUGGCGAUCGGGCGAAUUCCCAGCAGCUUUCGAUCAUUUACAUCGAUAUUUUGACUAUACCAUGCAAAACCGGGACCGCCUCUUUUAUCAGUAUGCGCUCCUCAACUUGGCCAUUGUCCAGUCGGACUUUGGCUGUCAUAAGGAAGCUGUGGCGACGAUGCUUGAAGCAAUCUCGACCGCAAAGGAGAACCGGGAUACAGCGUGCCUCAAUUUUGCGCUAAACUGGUUUUACCAUUUUGGCAAAGCACACCCAAAACUAGUCAAGGAGCUUGACGACGGCAGCAUGCUCGGCAGCGGCAAAGAGCUCCUUGCGUUCCUCCGCGCUAAGGCGAAAGAGACGGGAAUGUGGAUUUUGUGGAGCUCAUCGCUUCUGAGCGAGGCAAAGUUGGGCCUUUCCAACGGUGAGAGCGUCUCGAUCGCCGUGGAAAACAUAGUCCGAAGUUCCCAAAUCAUCGUGGAGAAGAAUGUCAAGUCAAUGCUGGGGCCCCAGACCACGAUGGGGAUUGCUUUGUGGAGCAGACUGGGCAUGGCUGUUAUGUCCCACAUGAUUUGUGAGAUCUUUCUCCGUUGUCAUGUUCACACCUCUUUGUCGGACGAUAAACUGAAACUAAGUUGCCAAAUGGCCGAAAUGUUGGCUGCGAGGGGAUUGUACAAGGAGGCGUACGGAAAAAUUGAAGGGUUGGAAGCAAAUUCACCUCGCUCAGCAAAGUCUAACCUACACCGGAACAUCUGUCGUGGUGUUCUCAAGUUGCGCCAGGAUAUCCACCGAAACAAUUUGGAAUCGGCCGAGGCGCUCCUCUCCCAGCUUCUCCAAACCGCCGCUGAGGACACGGAAGCCGACAUGGUAUUCACCAUCGACAUGCUUCAUAUCGACACCCUCAUCCGGCGCAAGUACUUCGACGCCGCCUUCACUAAAAUCGAGAGACUCAUGUCAGAGCUCCGCGAAGACAACCGAGACUCAGCUCUACGCAUCCGACUACUCCUGGCCAAAGUCCACUUGUUUGAUGCCACCGGCAGGCCAGAGAAGGGCUUCACCAUUGCGAUGCGUGCGGUCAGCCUGGCCUGGCGGUCACGCCUUGUUUGUGUACUCUGGGAGGCUGUUGGCGCGUUGGCAAACAUACUAAACGCACUGGGCGAGUUUGGCCCGGCCGAGAGGCUUCUCGUUGCAGCCAUACCACGUUGUCUCGAGACAAAUGUUGUAUUCACAGCCGGCGUACUGUACAGUUUACUUGCCGACGCCAGAGUGGGUUUGGUGGGAGAGAUCGCUGGCCAUCCAGGGACGGGCGAGUGGCAGAGACGGAUGGGCCUGGCACAUGCUGCGCUGGACAAGGCGUAUGAUUCGUUUUCUGCAGUAGAGGAUUUGAACAAAAAGUGUGAGAUGAUGGCGAAGAAAGCGGCGCUCUUCAAGGCUGGAGGGGAACUUGGGAAAGCAGAGGAGUGUGCGAGCACGUAUCUGAGAUUACGGGACGAAGGGAAGGCUUGGGGGAAGCGAUAA